AUGGCGUACGAGCUCUCGCUCGACUGCGAGCGACUCACCGAGUUCGAACGAGCUUUCUUGCCGAGAGAUGGUUACCACAGAGAGGAGGAUUUUAUCGCCAUCAGGAACGCGCUCAUCGUGAAGUGGCGAUCGAGGCCGAGAGAAUAUCUCACCGCCGAGACGGCGACGGAUUUAUUCAAGAAGAAAUUCUCCGACCUAGCGGUCGCGGUACACAAAUACUUGACCACGUUCGGGUACAUCAACUUUGGAAUCAUGAAGCCGUCGAAGCACGCGUUCGAGGAGUUUGCGGCGACUAUUCAAAACGUAAGGCUGAACGCGGCAAAUUUUGGCUCUACGUUCAAACAGAAAAAGUUCUCCGUCGUCGUCAUCGGCGCCGGGAUGUCGGGACUCGCUGCGGCGAGACACUUGUCCAACCUCGGACAUGACGUCGUCGUUCUGGAGGCACGCCGUCGCGUGGGAGGUCGAGUGAAUACGCGUGAAUUCGACGGCCCGAAAGGUACAAAGGUUCCGGUCGACCUGGGCGGGAGCAUCUUGAGUGGAUCCAAUGGGAACCCUCUGUUCGUUAUGUCUCGACAGCUCGGCUUGAUUUCACACGCGAUUCAGACCGAGUGCGAUUUGUACGAUGAAAACGGCAACGCGGUGAACGAGGAGAUGGAUAAGGACGUCGAGGCGACGUUCAAUCGGUUGCUGGAGGACAUGAGUGAGCAUCGACGCAACAUCGAGAGAUCGGUGGCGAACACGACGAGUUUCGGAGCUGAGAUCGAAAAAAGGAUAAACAAUGAGCUCUUAAAGCUCCCCACGGAGAAAAGGCAGGAGGCGAAGGACAUUUAUAACUGGCACAUCGCGAAUAUGGAAUUCGCAAACGCGUCGCGGGCUCGAGAGCUCUCCCUCAUGCAGUGGGACCAGGACGACGCGUACGAUUUCUCGGGCGAUCACGUCGUGGUGCGGGGUGGGAAUCAAAAGUUCAUUGAGGCUUUGUCUCAAGGUUUGACGAUUUGGUACGGCCAUCGCGUGUCGUCCAUCACAGAUCUCGGUGUCGGACGAGGUGUCAUCGUUAACUGCGGCGCAGACUUGGACGUGAUGGCCGACGCAUGCAUCGUCACUGUUCCUCUCGGAGUACUGAAACGUGAUCUCAUCGAAUUCUUCCCCGCGCUCCCGUGUCGAAAGAUAAAAGCGAUUCGUAACAUUGGUUUCGGCGUUUUGAACAAAGUUGUCUUGGUGUUUCCAGAAAAAUUUUGGGACGACGCGCAUGAUGCCUUUGGGUUCGUGCAGAGCCAGACGUCCGACCGGGGUCGAUAUUUCUUAACGUACACGUACGAUAAGGCGGAGGGGAACAACGUCCUGAUCGCGCUGUGUGCGGGAGAUGCUGGGAUCGAGGUCGAGUUGCACGAGCCCAGCGUCGUCGUCACCGACUUGAUGACGUACCUACGAAGUGCGUUUGGGAAGCAAGGUAAAACAGUUCCGGAUCCAAUAUCGUUCCACGUUACGAAGUGGCAAAGCGAUAAGUACACGUACGGUUCGUACAGCUCGUGCUCGGUGGACACCACGGGUGAAGAUUACGACGAAAUGGCUAAACCGGUCGGGAACAUACACUUCGCAGGCGAGGCGACGACGCGGCAGUAUCCAGCCACCAUGCAUGGGGCAUUUCUCUCCGGUUUGCGCGAGGCAGGACGGAUUUCCAUGAAGUGCGACGACGCGUGCGAGCUCGAUAAGAUUGCGGAGAUCACGGUGGGGAUCAACGACUGGUACCGCUAUAAGCGCACGCUCGACGAGUCGGCCAAGCUCGACGGGCGCAGCAACUCGAAGGAGGCUUUGGCGGGAUACCUCGGCUCGAACACGCGUUUCAUAGAUAUGCGUUAG